ACUAACAACACAUAUGAUAUAUGUUUUAUUUAAAAAAAAAAAAUCAAUCAAAAUAAAAUUGGACUAUUUUUUCUAACCUUCCUGUUAACAGUUUAUUAUAAUAAAAUUUUGUAUAAUAAUUAUAUAUUAGGUUUAUAUCAAUUUGUGUCAAUUUGUUUGAUUACAUUGAAUUUUUUUACAACAACAACAACAACAACAAAAUAAUUGAUCGUUAACAAUCACACCAUUUAAAUGGGUAAACGAAGCGCUUCGUAUGCGUUCAAUGGUGGACGAGGAGGUGGAGGACGAGGUGGUGGUGGUAUUCAUUGGGGACCCGAUCGGACACAAAGAUUUCAUACAAGUUUUACAUCAGAAGAAUCGACCAGCGAUUCGGAACAAGAGAUGGAUCAGAAAACACAGAAAAGGAUGCGAAAAAUGUUUAAAAAACAACACAAACGAUGGCUUAAAUGGGGCCGAUUUGGUGGUCAUCACCAGUGGCCAGGAUUUCACGGACAUAUGGGUAGUCAUCAUUGGCCAGGAUUUCCCGGACAUCACACUGUUGGCCCGAGUGGUGGCCAACACUUAACCACAUGCAUACUAUGUUGGCAUCGAAUUAAACCAUUAACCGAUACGGAAGUCCUUGACUGCGGACACAUUUACCAUCGAUUAUGUUUGAAAGAAUUGUUCGAAUUGGCCAUCAGGUCAUCGGACACACCAUUACAAGUGUUUUGUACCCAUUGUAAGGACAAGAUUAACGAUAAUCUUAUAAAUGAGUUUCGCAUUCGUUUGGGUGUUACCGGAGUACCGGCGGCCGGUGAGGACAGUAGUAAUAAUGGUCAGCCGUCGACCAGUUAUCAACAACAGCACCACCAGACUAACAACAGCAACAACCAAGGAAUGUCUGAUUUAGGAUCGACCACACAGUGUAUGGUUGUUGACAUAGUUAAUAGUCCCUAA